UGAGCAACUGCGCUGAUCUGGCAACCCUAAUUGUUUAUGUCACAUUUUCCGGAAAGUCAGCGUGUUUUUAUGUGCACGAGAAGCUUAUAAUAUUCGCUAAAAUGCUGCUAAAUAGACUGUUUAGUUCACAAAUCAGAGGCGGAAUACUCGGAUUAGCAAACUCCUUCAAGUCGCUGAGUUUCGCUCCGACUGCUCAGUUUUCCUCCAAGAUCUCUCCUGAUUCUGUUGCUGUGGCGAAGGAUCUCUCCGUGGACAGCACCUCGGGUCUGGAGACCAUCCAGAAGGUGAAUCAGCAGCUGCUGGCUAAGGAAGAGGGUCGUCUCUUUGCGGUGGUUCACUUGUGCGGGAAGCAGUUCAAAGUCACUUCCGGGGACAUCAUUGUGGUCGAGGGCGGUUGGCCACCUCAGCCGGGGGACAAGAUUCGGCUGGACAAGGUUCUGCUCGUUGGCGGGAAGGAUUUUUCCCUGAUCGGGCGUCCAAUUGUGCAGAAGGGCCUCGUGGACAUCCAGGCGACCAUCAUCGAGAAGACUCUGAGCCACACACGUACAUAUUUCCGCAUGAAACGGAGGAAACAGUUCCGAAGGACGCACUUCCAUAGGAACUCCAACACGAUGAUCCGGAUCAACUCUAUCGACAUCACUGGAGAAGUCAAUGCGAACCUGCAGCCAGAGCCAGCGAUACCCAGAAUAUUCUAAUCAUCAGUUCAAAUUUGUUUAGUGUCUUUCUUAACUGAGAUAAACCGCAUAGAAAUUGACCAAAUUCCUGAUUUGUCUGUGUU